CUUCAAAGCGGUGUCCUGCCGCUGCUGUCUACAACAUGACUUCACACAAGCUGUAUCCAAUCUAUUUCUACGCUGCAUUGUCACCAGUUAAAAUUGGUCUUGUUCCUCCAUUUUCAAGCUGAAAAGAGAGAGGAACAGAUAAGCCCCAGUUUAAUUUGUUCUGGCAAUUAUUGGAAAUCUCCCACAGAGAGAGGAGCCCUUGCCUAUCGGUGCGGAAUGACAUACAGCCAUACGGGCCCAGACAAAAGGAGACCCCUUUUUCUGCAAGUCUAUUCAGGCAUGUAUAGACAUAUUGGCUGAGGUACCAGCCCAUUCGCAUCUUAAUAGGGAAAAAAGAGAGACGAGGACCUGAAAAAAGAAAAAGAAAAGAAAAGAAUAAAAACUAUCAAGUGAGAACUGGCAUUGAAGGCUUGAAAACAAACUGCAUUGGUGAAGAGAGGGGGAAACAGCUCUUUUGACUAUCUAGUCGAGUAGAUAACUACACUGCAGCUGUAUGUGUUUUAGCAGUAUUAGAAUAAUUCUCUUAUUACAGAGCGGGUUGUGUUAAAAAGAGGACAGAGCUGCUGAAGUGCCUGUUGCACAUACUACCCAGAAGCGCACAAGAGAAAAGCAGUGUGUAAACUGAGCUGCUGUAGCAAAUGACAGGAGAACAGAGAAGUGCAAGCAUAGUGAAAGGAGACUGCCAUUCUCAGAACCAGGAUCUCUCUUGGACAUUUCAAAGGACUACACACAGGACCUACUUUCUUCUCAAGACACCUAAGAUACUGUGUUUUGACUUUUAAGGCAGCCCUAGUAUACUGAUGUGGACUUCAGGUAGAAUGAGCAAUGCAAAGAACUUGCUUGGACUUGGCAUCUCCUUGUAUUUUUGGGGACUGAUGGACCUUACCACAACUGUGCUGUCAGGAAGUGCAAGGCCCCUCACUGAAGGGCAAGAAGACAACUUGUCAGACAAGCUGCACCAGCGUAUGAAGCGGAGCUGGGUGUGGAACCAGUUCUUCGUUCUGGAGGAGUACACAGGAACUGACCCUCUCUAUGUUGGGAAGCUCCACUCUGACAUGGACAGGGGCGAUGGUUCGAUCAAAUACAUCCUCUCGGGAGAGGGAGCUGGCAUUGUGUUUACAAUUGAUGAUACCACAGGGGACAUUCAUGCCAUUCAGCGACUGGACCGGGAAGAAAGGUCGCAGUACACCCUGAGAGCGCAGGCUCUGGACAGGCGAACAGGCCGGCCGAUGGAACCAGAGUCAGAGUUCAUCAUCAAAAUCCAAGACAUCAAUGACAAUGAGCCCAAGUUCCUCGAUGGACCUUAUGUAGCCUCUGUUCCAGAAAUGUCACCUGUGGGCACCUCUGUUAUCCAGGUGACAGCGACAGAUGCUGAUGACCCAACCUACGGGAACAGUGCAAGAGUAGUGUACAGUAUUCUCCAAGGACAACCAUAUUUCUCUGUGGACUCUCGGACAGGCUUAAUUAGAACAGCUCUAAUGAACAUGGACCGAGAAGCAAAAGAAUAUUACGAAGUGAUCAUCCAGGCCAAGGACAUGGGUGGACAGCUGGGAGGAUUAGCUGGAACAACCACAGUCAACAUCACCCUCUCUGAUGUCAAUGACAAUCCACCCAGAUUUCCACAGAAGCAUUACCAGAUGAGCGUGCUGGAGUCCGCUCCUGUCAGCUCCACCGUGGGCCGUGUGGUUGCUAAAGACCUGGACGAAGGCAUUAAUGCAGAGAUGAAAUACAGCCUUGUGGAUGGAGACGGACUGGAUGUCUUUGAUAUUAACACUGAUCCUAAUUACCAAGUUGGCAUCAUAACUGUGAGAAAGCCUUUAAGUUUUGAGAGCAAGAAAAGCUACACCUUGAAAGUAGAGGGUGCCAACCCCCACCUGGAAAUGCGGUUCCUCAACCUGGGUCCCUUCCGUGACACCACCACCGUCCACAUCAGUGUGGAGGAUGUGGAUGAACCUCCUGUGUUCGAGCCCAGCUUCUACUUUGUGGAAGUGCCCGAGGACGUGGAGAUUGGAACCACCAUACAGAUCAUUUCUGCCAAGGACCCAGAUGUGACCAACAACUCAAUCAGAUACUCAAUUGACAGGAGUAGUGAUCCGGGGCGGUUCUUUUAUGUCGACAUUACAUCAGGAGCGCUGAUGACUGCAAGACCUCUUGACCGGGAGGACGUUUCUUGGCACAACAUCACUGUGCUGGCCGUGGAGCUGAACAACCCCUCGCAGGUGGGCAGCGUCUCCGUGACGGUAAAAGUCCUGGAUGUGAAUGACAAUGCACCGGAGUUUGCAAGGUUUUAUGAAGCUUUUGUUUGUGAAAACGCCAAAGCAGGGCAGCUGAUCCAGACAGUGAGCGCCAUCGACAGGGAUGACCCACAGGAGGGUCAACACUUCUACUACAGCCUGGCUCCGGAGGCAGCCAACAACCCCAACUUCACUCUGAGAGACAAUCAAGACAAUACAGCAUGGAUUUUGACAAGGCGCUCUGGCUUCAGACAACAUGAGCAGAACACCUUUUACCUCCCCAUCCUGAUUAGCGACAAUGGCCGCCCCGUGCUGAGCAGCACGGGUACACUGACCGUGGACGUGUGCAGCUGUGAUGAUGAUGGCAUGGUGAUGUCCUGCAAUGCGGAGGCCUAUGUUCUCCCCGUCAGCCUGAGCAGAGGGGCACUCAUUGCGAUCCUCGCCUGCAUCUUUGUCCUGCUAGUGCUGGUGCUCCUCAUCCUCUCCAUGCGGCGCCAGCGGAAGCAGCCGUACAUUAUUGAUGAGGAGGAAAAUAUCCAUGAGAACAUUGUCAGGUACGACGACGAGGGCGGCGGGGAGGAGGACACAGAGGCCUUCGAUAUUGCUGCCAUGUGGAACCCACGGGAGGCCCAGCUGGUGGUGAAAAACCGUCAGGACAUGCUCCCAGAAAUAGAGAGCCUCUCCCGAUACGUGCCUCAGGCAUGCGUCAUGGACAACAACGUCCACAACUAUGUGCUUGCCAAGCUGUACGAAGCUGACAUGGACCUGUGGGCACCUCCCUUCGACUCCCUCCAGACGUACAUGUUUGAAGGGAACGGCUCGGUGGCGGAGUCGCUCAGCUCCCUACAGUCGGUGACGACAGACUCAGACCAGAGCUACGACUACCUGACGGACUGGGGGCCGCGCUUCAAAAAGCUGGCCGAGAUGUACGGUGCCACGGACAGCAGUGGGGCUCUGUCGUAACGGACGAGGAGUGGCAGAAGGGUUUCCAUGCGAAACAGUGUCCGGUUAUGUCCAUUCUCAUCAGAUGCUUCCAUGGACAUGGGUGAGGCCUCCUUAAAAAUAGCAAUACGGUGCUUGGAUGAGAAUGGGAAGAAGGGUGCGAAUGAAGGUCUCUCUGGAUCAGCUUUACUCAGUUAAAUUAAGUCAUGUUUUUGAAACAGUGAGAAGCAGAAGGAAGAAGGGUUUUUUUCUGCUUUUUACAGCAAAAUUGGAAAGCUCCACAACUGGAAUAUAAUGACAUUACUCUCUCUCUCCCUCCCUCUUUCUCUCUCUCUCCCCUGUACACGGCAGCUUACUGAGCUCUAUACAUCUGGAUUCAAAGAUCUGUAAACUCCAGCUGUAAUCUCUGACUCACUGAGGUUCCCCACCGGUUAUUUUUCCCCCAUGAAAAAGGAAAAAAAAAUUGCUUGCUAACAAGAGGAAAAAAAAAAUCCCACAAAGCAGAAAAUUGAAACUGGAAUCUUAGAGGGCUCUUUGUAAACUAAACCUCCUCUCUCUGUUGCUAACAGAGUCCUUUUUUAAUCCUUUAGAAACAAGGCUGAGGUUUUUUUCCACCUGGCCGAGCAGGCUGGGAAAGAGGCUUUGAAUUUCUGCUCUAGUUUAAUGGCUGAUCUAUGAGCGUUAACACUAAUCCAUCUCCUACCAAGUUUGUGUAAAUUUAUUCUCAGCUCUUUAAAACCAUGACUCCACUAAACUGCUCAGAACAAAACCAGAAAAUCUGCCUCUUUUGCACUGUAGAUGUCUCUUCCAUGUGCCAAAUGUGAAGAUUAGAUUCUACCAAUGAAAGCCAAAUAAAUUAAAAAAAAAAAAAAGAAAAAGCUAUAUUUGGUAACUACAUGGGUUAGAUGGGCUUUCCUAAUCUGUGUGAAGUCAAUCCAAGGGAUGUUUACAUAUUGUAGAUAACCUACUUGAACAAAUACAGUAUUAUAGACCAAUAAAUGGAUGUAAGAAAAUUACAUGUAUAAGUUUUGUAUAUUUGUUAAUUUUGGUAAUAAAUAUGAUGUACUGCAUACAGUACAAUACCUUAGCACCUCUUUUAAUAAAAGUUAAACAGAA